CGACAUCCUCUCAUUUUCACAUCAAUUACAUUCUACUCAGUACCCUCAAUUUUCCCUAACAAUCAAAAUGGCCGACAUUCUCAACCCCAUAAAUAUUUUCAUCAUUCAUCCCCAAUCCCAACGCUACAUAAAAACCACCCGCGACGAAACCGACUCCGAAGAAAACACAACCACCACCAUCGAAACAACCUUUGACCUCACCUUCAAAAUCACAAAAGCCUCCGAUGGAACACCAUCCUCCAUUGAAGCCUUCCCGCCCACAGAGCAACCACCAUCCAAUGAAGCAAAACCGCGUCACUACCGAAUUGAUCCCGACUACGAGACAGGCUUUAUUACGCGGAGCACCAGCGAUCUGCAACCCGAUGAGGAGCGCGAUGUGACGAUUGAGGAUGUCCUGAAGCCGCUUCCUGAGUCGGUACAGGAGCAGUACAAGGCGUGGGUAGAUGCAUAUAAUGGGAGUUACAAGACAAGGGUUGAGGAUACGGGUGAUGAAAAGGCGUCUGUGUUUGCGACUGCGGAAGAGGAGGUGGCGUGGAAUGUCGCUGGGUAUUUGCUGACAUGGCGCCUUACUUUUGCGCCUGAGAUUGGAAGUGCUCAGUAUUAUGGAUUUGGUAAUUCGCGGUCUUUUGUGGUGGGUGAGAACCAGUUGCCUUCCACUGUGGGGUUUCUCAAGGCUGGGGCGGGGGUUUUGGAAAGUGGGAAGCCAUCGAUGUAGUAUCCGUAUUUCCCAGUGAUUAAAAAUGCUAUUAUAGUCUAUCAUGCUUCAUAAUGACAAUGUUCUAUUCAUGAU